AUGCAGGAAGCCGACGAAAACGAAAUAAUCGAAAGUGAAACAAUAGACCUCCACGAUAUCGCCCUCUUGCUCAACUACGAACGAGCCUCGUCUGAACCUCGAUUCAGGAAUUCUAAACUUCGUGAGGUCGCAACGCACGAAUUCGAUUUUCGGGGCGUGAUGAUCAAAACUCCCCUUUGGACUGCUCAUAAGGGGUCCAAAGACGGAUUCGUUUUUCAGCGAAUUAAACGAGCAAUCCCUGGUUCAGACGAGGAACCCGAUCUUCCAUCGAACAUGUUGUCGCCACAGGUCAGGUCCCCGUUGGCAAGAGACAUCACCCAACUAGCACCUAGUCGUCUUGAAACCAUCUAUUGGCAAGCUCGAGGUCAUGAUGGAUGUUUCAAAUCAGUCGCCAUCCUCCAGUAUUUCUUGGAUCUCUACGCCAUUAAUCCAUUGCUACGAAUUAGACUUGCCAACGGACGAGAAUAUGUUACUUCAAGUUCUCCAACCAGUCUCUCUAUCGUAGAGUACGAUCUCUUGGUGGUUAAGCAUCUUACCCUCGCGGUAGUAUUGCCAGAUAACCAAACGUAUAUCACGAGCUCGUCGGACCAACCAAGAUUCAGACAUGCUGUCGUAUCGUUCGAGUCGCACCCAUACAAUGGUGACAACGAAAUAAUUCUGGAUAUGGCGUCGAUGCAAUUUGGUGAAACAGGUCGUGGCCCAGGUCGUAAAGGGAAGAGCACGUUUGUCUUGGAAAGUGUGGGUGACUAUAAGAAGAGGCUCUUGACUGUUGCUGGUGGCUUUGAGAAGGCCAAAGUAUCCUCUCGUAUAACACCCGACCCUAACCAGGCCAACGAAGCUUGGAUGUGGAAGGUUGCCAAGAAAGCGAAAGAACGUUGGGAAAAGAGAGGGGAGCAUCAUUGGUGUGAACAUUGCGGUCGACCACUAGCCACUGGACCGGCGCUGAAGAGAUGCUCUCGGUGUCGUCAAGCAUAUCAUUGUGACGAAGAGCAUCAGAAGAUGGCUUGGUCGUCUCACCAUAAAAGUUGGUGCCGACCAGCCUAUGUAGUUCAUACGUAG